AUGGGGGAGAACGAAAAUAACCCAAAAUUGAGGCGCAAAUCGCGAAAAACCCAAAGGCAACUAGAGCGCCAGAGGAAAGCCCACAGAAAGAAGUGAACCACAGCAGAAGAGAAGCAGUAUAAUUUGAGUGGCGAAGAAGAAGAAAAAGAGGGUAUUUCUUAGAUUCAGAGUGUAGAGAGUUCAAAUCGGCUUGUUUUCGUCCAUUUAUUUUUGGAUUCGUGUAGUUUUUUUGGAGAGAGAGAGAUGUCAGACCUAGACAGGCAGAUAGAGCAGCUAAAGAGAUGCGAGCCUUUGAAGGAGUCCGAAGUCAAGGCUCUUUGUCUCAAGGCCAUGGAAAUUCUCGUUGAAGAGAGCAACGUUCAAAGGGUUGACGCACCAGUCACAAUAUGCGGUGACAUCCAUGGGCAAUUUUAUGACAUGAAAGAGCUUUUCAGAGUAGGAGGUGAUUGUCCAAAAACGAAUUAUUUGUUUCUUGGAGAUUUUGUUGACAGAGGAUUUUACUCAGUUGAGACAUUUCUGCUUCUACUUGCUUUGAAGGUGAGAUAUCCAGAUCGUAUAACUCUUAUUAGAGGGAACCAUGAGAGCCGCCAAAUUACACAGGUAUAUGGAUUCUAUGAUGAGUGCCUACGGAAGUAUGGUUCUGUGAAUGUUUGGAGAUAUUGCACCGAUAUAUUUGAUUACUUAAGUUUGUCGGCUCUCAUUGAAAACAAGAUAUUCUCUGUUCAUGGUGGUCUCUCUCCUGCUAUUUCCACGUUAGACCAGAUUCGAACAAUUGAUAGAAAACAAGAAGUACCCCAUGAUGGUGGCAUGUGUGACCUCUUAUGGUCAGAUCCUGAAGAUAUUGUUGAUGGUUGGGGGUUGAGUCCCCGUGGUGCUGGUUUCCUAUUUGGUGGAAGUGUUGUCACUUCUUUUAACCACUCAAAUAACAUCGACUAUAUAUGUCGGGCCCAUCAGUUGGUGAUGGAAGGUUAUAAAUGGAUGUUCAACAAUCAAAUAGUUACUGUCUGGUCAGCUCCAAAUUAUUGUUACAGAUGUGGGAAUGUAGCUGCAAUUCUUGAGAUGGAUGAGAAUCUUAAUAAGCAGUUUCGUGUAUUUGAAGCAGCUCCACAGGAAUCAAGAGGGGCUCCUGCCAAAAAACCACCACCCGAUUACUUUUUGUGAAGCUUGGAUCAUGAACCUUCAGCUUUAACCGUCCAAUAUGCUUGGAUUGAUUGUCAAGAUGAUUCUUUAGCUUCAUAAUGAAGAUGAUCUCAGGUGAUACCACGGGAAUCAAUUGGUGGACUUGCUCUGCACAGGCGGCUCCUUGGUUGCCAUCCAAAAUGGUACUAUUGGGUUCUUGAUCGGUUUUUGUUUGCUGCGUUGCUAUUUCCCUUUCGAUUAAAUUUUCAGGUUUUGAUAUUUCAUGAAGUAAUUGUGUGUAUAACAUUAUGUGGCAGUGAACAUUGAAAUAGUCUAAUAGACAACAAUUCACAGGAACGAAGCUUCACUGCCAUCUUUGGCAGUAGUGGCAACAAAAGUUGAAUUGAAAACAUGUGAACGUGUCAUUAGUGUUAUCUUUGAAAUACAGAAUUUAGUUUGGCAAUGAGGAUGCUUCAUGAUCAUGAUGACUUUGUUAUUCAGUGCCUUCUGUUCAUGAUAUCGUC